AUGACGUCAACCGAUGACAAACCGCUCGUCAAUCCUUACUCAUUAUUAUAUGGAGCGUCAAAAAUGUUUGAUUUAUCGGUAUUUCUUGAUACAAACAAAAAUGGUAAAGAUCAAACAUUAACACAAUUUGCCGAUAUAAUUAGUACAAUUGAAGAAGACUGUCAGGCAAAAGAAGGUCAUGUUCGUAGGAUAAUAAAAAGUUGUGCAAAUCCAUUAGAUUAUCAAACAUUAAUGCAUGAAGUGGAUCAUAUGAAAAUUAAAAUAAUGGUAUUACAUGGUGAAUUUGAAACUUUAAAAAAUCAUCUAAAUGAAUAUUGGAAGACGGGUCAAUUUCCUACACAUAAUCAUAAUCAUCAUCAAGAACAACGUUUACCACGUUUUAUUGAUCACAGUGGUAUACAUUGUGCUAUUGGUUAG